AUGACUUCUUACAACAUAGUCAAUGGUGUACAUGCCGAUGAGGACAGCUACCUUCAAGAUAUUCUGCGAGUCCCAGAACAUGUCCUGGACCCACGAGUGCGGACAAUUUUGGAAACCAUCAGUCUAGUCGCCGAUUUUGGGAUCCCUGAGAAGGCAGAAGAAAAGCACUUCGAUCGUUUUGCUGAAAAAUUACCACAAUACCCUCCCCUGCGGAAGGAUCGCUCUAUUGCUGUGAUCGGUCCAAAUUCAAAUUAUGCACAAUGCUGUGGUGGAAGAUCUGCAUCUAUGGAUACGGCCUAUAUGGUGACCCCUAUAGAUGGAAUUCGAGUAAAUGCAAAGACGGGAACACUGCGAAAAGCCGAUGGCAGAGAUGGCGGACCUCGGUUUUUCUUUCGCGUUUACUAUGAGCCCACUGAGGCAGAACAACGUGAACUUACCGAGGAGCUUCACCUAACCCAGUCUGAAGGCUUCCUCAUGGAUUACGUGGACUCAAGGUUCCGGACCUACGACUUCUAUCAGCUCAUUGUUGAUAAUGCUACCAAGCAAACACCUGGCACAUUCUUUUUCGGCUCGGUGGAAUUCCGUUUCGAAAGCUCUUUUACCUCCAACUUCGAACGACGAGGAGCUGUUGUUUUUGGUCCUGGAGGCUUUUGGUUCGUUGGUUGUAGGAGACUGGUGCCCCAACAAGCGAUUUCAGAUGCGGUAGCUGUGGCGUCUGCAUCUGACCAAACCGUCAUCGUGGUCAGUCUCAUUGGAGAAUGGGAAUCCGAGGGCUACGACCGCCAGACGAUGGAUCUGCUGCCCCAUAAUUAUGAGCUGGUUGAGAAGGUACUGAAACCCUGUCCGAACGCAGUGGUGGUCGUACAGAGCGGAACUACUGUGACUUGGGCACACAAGGCCCAUGCACUGUUUCAGGCUUGGAAUGGGGGCAAUGAGGUCUGGAACUGGAUUGCAGAUGUUCUUUUGGAGAUAUCAAUCCAUCCAGAAAGCUCCUCAUUAGAUUCCCUACUCAACUCUCAUCAAUUCCAUCAUACCUCAAUUUCCGGUGCGAAGAGGCUCGGGUACUCUAUGGAGCGGGUGAGUAUAUUGCCUCCACAGUUGCAGGCACUACGGUUCAAAAGUCAACUUUUCUGGUGA